UCCACAACUCAUAAAACUGAGACCACCCACUGCCGCUUCUAUCUCCCAUUAUUAAUAUGCUAUCUCCAUAAGCGAGGGAGCCCUUUACCCUUCUUCUUCUUCAUUACACGAUUCCAUUUCUGGAUCCGAAACUAUCACUGAUGCAGAGACUCUGUUAUCUUCCUUUAAUUGGCAAGAAUUCUUAGAAUAGUAAUUCUUCUUCCAUCUUUUGCGCGAUCGGGUCAUUUCUUUUACUUUGUUGAGUUUGAGUUUGAGUUUGGGUAAAGCUCAAAUAUACGAACCAGUAUGGCUUCAGAUAACACCCCCAUGACCAUCCUCCAGCUCAACUCGUCUACGCUACAACUGGAGGAUGAAGAUGAGGAUGAAAUCGAAGAUGGUAAAGACAAGGACGAUCAUCACCGUCACGCCUCCCACUCCCACUACUUGUCCAGGUUAUCCAUCUGUAAUACCAGCGGCAGUGGUAGCAAACCUCCUACUUUCACUCCCAACUUGUACGAUGACGAUGAUGGUGGUGUUGGUGUUGGGGUUAUUGGUGGUGACAUCACUGACAUGGGCUUGGACAUGGCAAGAUUGUCGAUCGAAGGCUUCUCCGAGGAGGAAGACGCUGAUGAAGAACUCUCGGACGGCAAAGAGGGACGAAAUAUUAAAGGUGUUUCCAUCGGGAUAUCAUCGGACUCCGACAAGGAAACGGGCUGUCAUUCUUUGCCAUCCACCCCGCCCUGGAUGAGAAGGAGGGCUCGUCCUUGUGGGUAUGACUAUGGGAAUCUUCUGGCUUUGGGGUUGAAAGAGUACGCCAGCGAGAACGAAGCGCAGAGGACCACCACCACCACCACGAGGAGGAGGAGGAGCUGCUUUAGGAAAACGACUACUACUAAUUACUGUUGUUCUUCUCCUUCUUGGACGAGGAAGAGAUUGGCAGGGCCGGCGAUGACAGACAUAGACAGAAAUAGAGAAGGGACGCGGUGGGGAUUGGGGUUGGAGAGAGCAUGGGACGAGAAGAAGAACAACCACCACCACAAGUACGGCAAAGUCAAGGCCGAGGAGGAGGAGGAGGAGGAGGAGGAGGAAGGGAGCGAGUGCGUGGUGAUAACGAGGCCCAAGGGUGGGGGGAGAUCCUUGUGCAUGGACUUAGAGGAAGUCAAGGCCUGUAGGGAUCUUGGGUUUGAGUUGGACCACGAGAGGAUGAUGAUGGUGGACACCCCCAGUACCCCCGGUCGGAUUUCCAUAUCUGUGCCUUCCGCCUCCACUAUAGACUUCGACACUAGCAGUGGUGGCAACUCCCCUAUCGCUAAUUGGAGGAUCUCUAGUCCCGGAGAUGACCCACGGGAUGUCAAGGCUCGGCUCAAGGUAUGGGCACAGGCGGUGGCGCUUGCGUCUACAUCUCGUUAACCCCCUGCAUUUUUAUUUUUAUUUUUUGCUUUUCUUUUCUUUUUUGGUAAACGGUGGUUAUAAAGGUGGAUAGGGAAGGGGGAGAGGGGCGUUCGUUUGGUUUGUCCCCGUCCCUUUCUUCUUCUUCCUCUUCCUCUUCUUUUUUUUUUUUUUUCUCGUUCGUGUGUCCCUGUGUCAAGUUACUCAAGCCUCUUCUUCUUCUUUUUCUUUUUCCACUGUAAAUAUAUGAAGAACUUGGUAUUUAAUUGA